AUAAAGCCAAAGGGAAUUUUGGUAUUUAAUACCUCCAAAGAACCUCUUCUUCAAGGUCUCUUCCGACCAACACUCUGCCCUUUUUCAUUCCCUCUGUUUUUCGUUUUUCUCUUAAAUUUUCUUGAUUGAUGCCUCAAAACUAAACCAAUUUCAAAAUCCAACACUUACCCAUUUCAUCAAAUUGCCAUUUCAUUUUCGGGUCAUCUUUCUUUUCUUCAAAUUUACACAAAAGUUUCGAGCUUUUUUUUCAAUGGAGAUUGAGCUUGUUGUCACUUGCGAUUGCUGUGGGCUGAAAGAAGAUUGUACACAAUUCUAUAUCAGUGAAGUUAAGGCUAAAUUUGAAGGAAAAUGGCUUUGUGGGCUUUGUUCUGAAGCUGUUAGAGAUGAAGCUAAACGAAGCAAAAAACCAUUGGUGGGAAAUUUAGAAGAAGCUGUCAAUGCUCAUAUGUCGUUUUGUAGAAAAUUUAAAUCUAAUCCUGCUGUUCGUGUUGCUGAUGGAAUGAGGCUUAUGCUUAGGAGGAGAUCCAGCGAUGUGUCCUCUUCCUCGCCAUCGUCAUCUUCUUCUGUUAAGAAGUAUGCGAGAUCCGCUAGCUCCUCUCAGGUGGGUUUCGACAUGUCGUCUCUGUCGCUCUACUGAUUCUCUAUUCUUUCUCUAGAGACUUUUUAAUUAUUUAUUUAAGACUCGUUUGAUAACCGUUUGAAUUUUGGUUUUUAGUUUUUGAAAUUUUAACCUAUAAAUUUUGAAAACUCGGAUAAGUAGUUUUUAGAAUUUGAUUAGAAGUUCUAAGUGUUUAGAUGUAAAAAUUGUAAUUGAAAAAGUGAGCAAUAAAUUUCGAAAAUAGAAAACUAAAAACAAAAACGUUAUCAAACGAUGCUUAUCAAAUUAAGGGUUUCGUUUAUGAUCCCUUCCUCCCUCUUGAUUAUCAAAAUAAUAUUUGUUGUUCUAGGGAAUUUGCUUUUGCCUCGAGGAAAGAUUUCUAUUUUUGUACAUAAAUAAUGAUGACAGUUUAUUUAAUUGUUUUGUAAUUUAUUACGAAAUGAAGGAAAAUGUUGAAAAUGGUAAGUAUAUAUUUCGUUUUUUAGUACAUAACCAUAAAUGAGAUUCUCACUCAUAAAUUUUUUGUA